AUGAUCUCAUUGGCCACUCAUUCGACCCCAAAUUUUUUGACUCUUGCCGUUACUCAGAUAUCUGUUUGGAAAGCGCCAAUUUCUUUGAGUCUUUUGUUGGCAAGUGAUUCAAAAGAAGCCCUCCAAGAUAUACAAAAGGCACAAAAAUGUAAUAAAGAUUUCAGGAAAUGGGUCUCCAUUCACGUUGUCUAUCCAAAAUCCCUUCAUGAUUCCUGCCCAAUAUUACCUAUUGCUGAGAACUUGGAAGUAGAUUGCUCAACGUUUGAUCCUAUAAUACUUUUCAAUAAAUACCUUCCACCUUUUGGUAUUUAUCCAAUAAAUGUAAUGAGAAAUGUGGCAAGAAUUGGAGCUGCCACUGAUUAUUCUUUGAUUAGCGAUGUGGAAAUGUAUUACUCAGAGGAUUUCGAAGAAAAACUGCGACCAGUUGUUCAUAAAUAUUUGAAGAAUGAGCAAAAGAAUGCAAUUAUCAUUCGUCGUUUUGAAAUAGAAGAAAAGGCGAUCGAUCAAAUGCCGAAAAAUGUGAUCGAACUGAAGAAACUUUUAAAUAAGAAAAAAAUGUAUUUCUUUCAUCAAUUGAUAUUUUCAUCGGGACAUCGAAUUGAUCGACAAAGUAAAUGGAUAGAAAAAUCGAUUAGAAGUGACCAUUUGACUGUUGAUGAACAAAGAUAUCGUGGAUCAGCUUGGGAACCUCAACCAAUCCUUCAUCGAAAUGCUCCUUUAUGUUAUGAGAGAGCUCCAACAAGACAACGAGAUAUGCAAUAUUGUAUUUACGAACUCUGUCGUUCGGGUUAUCAUUUCCUUGUUCCAACUCACGUAUUCAACGUUCAUCCAGGAGUGAAAAGAACGGCUUCCGCUUACGAUAAUCUUGUCACAUUACAUCAAAAACCGUUAACAGAAAAUGCAAUGGCCAAUUUUUCGCAUUUAAUGGACAAAAAGUACGGAAUGAAUAACAGAAAAUGUGGACGAUUU